AUGGCCGCCGUCGGCUUUCUGCUGCUGCUCUGCGCUUCCCUCGCUGCUUGGCAAACGCCGUCGGUCAGUGGCUAUCUGAACAUUUUUAUUAGCCACCACGAAGUGAUGAAACUGAUGGGUCUGGAGGCGGAUUUGUUCUAUGUACACGAGGGAGCCAUUAACACAUACGCAAUGCACUUCACCGUCCCGGUGCCGGCAGAUGUGCAUGAACUGGAGUUCUCCUGGCAGAGUCUCAUCGCUUACCCGCUGCCCUAUGCAAUCAGCAUCGAGUACGCCAACGACCAGGAUGCCUUGGGCACACCCACACUCAGUAUACCUCACAAGGGUCUUGUUCCACAGGAAAUCGAGUCAUUCCUGGUCUAUCUGCCUUGCACGGGAAACGCCAGUCUGCAGCUGCCUGUCAACGUCAAUAUGGUGGUACGUGGACCGCCGCGAUUCAAUGACACCAAGCUUCAUUUCAAGCGCAACAAGAUCUGUGCGAAAGGCAUUUCACCCGAACCUAACCAGUCGCCAGCCCCCGCACACGCCCCGUCACAGGGUCCUGCUCUCAUGAGCGCCGCUGCCUGUGCAUUGGGUCUGGUUCUCGCAGUAGGCCUCGUGGCUAGCAUGAUGUAUUUGCGUGCCCGCAAACAGAUGCGCCAGGAUUCCUUGCACACCAGCUUCACAACUGCGGGCUAUGGUAGCCAUCAAAAUGUUUUCAUUAGGCUCGACCCCUUAGGCCGACCCCCAAGCGCAACAGGCUCCUAUGCCACAAUUGCCAGCCUCAACAAAUACCCAGUGGAUACGAAAAAAGCCUGUAGUAUUUUUGACCGUUUCCGCGGCUCACCCACUCCUACGCCCUAUGCCACUGCCUUGCUGCCAAUGGGCGACCAGCCGCAGACCGGCGAGACCAUUUACUCGAAACCAGAAUCGGUUUGUCCCUCGAGAAUAUCAUACUACGCAUCGUCGCAGUUGACACAGGCCUACAGCAUGUCGACACCAAAGAGCAGCCGCAGCCUAUUUGGGGCCGUCAAUACUCUGGGCAGUGAGAAGACUAAAGAGCGCAUUCGACGUAUUCCCAGUGUCCAACCCGGCGCAUUGAGCUACGAACAGCUUAUCAAGGAGGGCACCUUCGGACGCAUCUAUGCCGGCAAAUUGGGCGAAACUUGCGACGCCUUGGUCAAGACAGUCAUCGAUGGCGCCUCACUAACACAGGUGGCCUGUUUACUGCAGGAUGCCUCGCUGCUCAUUGGAGUCAGUCAUCAGCAUAUUCUCGCUCCACUGUUGGCAAACACGGAGCUGCCAGGUCCACCGGAAAUUGCGUACCCCUAUCCGUCCAAGGGCAAUUUAAAAAUAUAUUUGCAAAAGUCUCGCGAAUCCAGCACAGCGCUCAGCACCCGUCAAUUGGUGGAGUUCGGCUUGCAUAUCACCAAGGGAUUGGCCUAUCUGCAUUCCCUGGGCAUCGUUCACAAGGACAUAGCCACACGCAAUUGCUAUCUCGAUGAGGAGGCCUAUGUCAAGAUUUGCGAUGGCGCACUCUCACGCGAUCUGUUUCCCGAUGAUUACGAUUGCUUGGGCGACAAUGAGAAUCGUCCACUCAAAUGGUUAUCUCUGGAGUCAUUGCAAAAGAAAAUCUACACCAGCCAGGCGGAUGUCUGGGCCCUGGGUGUGCUCUAUUGGGAGCUGGUGACAUUGGCACAAAUGCCACACGAAGAGGUGGAUAUAUUCGAGCUUAGUAAUUAUCUAGCCGCUGGCUUUCGCCUGGAGCAGCCUGUUAAUUGUCCGGAUGAGUUCUUUACAGUCAUGAACUGCUGCUGGCACUGCGAGUCCAAGCAACGACCCACACCCGCCCAGCUGCUAUCCUAUCUGCAGGACUUCCAUGCUGAUUUGGGCAUGUACAUCUAAGGUGUGACAUGCGCUCUGAGGAAAUACAGAUUAUGAUGAUGGUGAUGAUGGUGAUGAUGAUGAUGAUGCCGAUGGACUGAUUUAGUUUUCAAAUACAUACUUAGUUGGCUGAGCUCGGCUAGGCACUGAGCAUGGUAUGGUAAGAGGCUUCAUUUACUUAGUGAAAUGAAGUGUGAAUUAUUAUUAUUACAAUUAUAUAUUAUUAUUAUCGUACAUACUACAUAAAUUAAUUGAAACUUUUGCAUUUUAAAUGUGAGAUUAAAUGUGAAUUACCUGUUAGAUUUUUGCGUGUGUAAUCA